GCAAUUUCUUCACGACCACAACAAGCCUACGUUGUCGUUCUACGAUGAAAUGCUACAGCAAAAGACUGAACAAGAACAACUGAAACUACAUGAUCUGAAAGUUAAGGAGGAUGAAGAGCGCCAAAAAAUGAAAGAUGAAAUCCAAAAGAGACAGGAGAUAUUACGUGGCGCGGGCCGGCAGCGUGUACAUAGAUCUAGCAUUAGUCAAGACAAUGACAGCGUAGAUGGACAAGGGGAUGCUCCUGAACUUGUAUACUACGCCGACGACAAGAUGUCUCCAGUUAAGAAAAUAGUUCGGACUAAAACAGUCGACAUACCAUGCACCUGCAAGAAUAGAGGCGUACAAGUCAUUAGGAUUACUCAAAGAAAUAAUAGAAAAGUUUAUAUUGGAAACUGUUUAGGUCAUUCCUCAAACGGCGCAACAACAUACUUAGCGAUCGACGACGAAGGCGAGCGAUUAAUCGCAAAAAAAUGGAUCGCGCCGCCUGCCAACGACUUCCAAACGCGAUCCCGACAGCUGACCUCAAUACAACAAGAUCUGAAAGCCAUGUCUCGGCUGAACCACCCGUCUAUAAUACCCUACAUAGCAAUGGAAACAAUAAAAGACGCGAACAAACGGACAGCAAAACAAUACAUAUAUUUAUUUAGAAAAUUCGUUUUAGGUAGUGCUUUAAAAAGUGUAAAGUCUAGACUCAGUGUUUUCAGUGAUCGUUAUGAAGGAUUAAAAUUGCUAAGGCAUGUUGGUUUGGGGGUCUUAGGUGCGUUAAAAGAGCUCCAUAGUGUUGGGAUCGUGCAUAAAGAUGUUAGGGGUCAAAAUGUGUACUUGGACGACUUUGGAGGGGUCAAGUUGGUGGGGAUUGGUCUCGAUGUAAGACUCGCUGAGAUGCUCGACGGUGAUUUCUUUUGUGACAGGCAUACAGCAGCGCAAGAUAUAUACGCAACUGGACUGUUAUUACUGUCAAUAGUAUCACAAGAGCGAACUUACAUGGAAAUACCGCCCGACCUGCCUAGUUCUGCUAAGGAUUUCUUUGCCAGAUGUUUAACGGAAGACGAACAAUCUCAAUGGUCGGCUGAACAGCUUCUCAAUCACGCGUUCAUGGUCGAUGCCCCUUCCAAACUGCCUAGCAGAAAGGAAGAAAAUCAAGAAGGGAGCGGCUCUGAGGAUGAUGAAGCUGUAAAGAAAAUCCAGCACACCAGUCCAAUGACGAACGGACAUUCGCGUCUUCACGCCGAGUUUGAAGUUCUUACGUGGCUAGGCAGCGGUGCUUUUGGCGAUGUACUGAAGGUUAAAAACAAACUUGACGGCGGUUUCUACGCGAUCAAACGCAUCAAACUUAACCCUGAGAGCGUUCAGUUAAAUAAAAAGAUAACUAGAGAAGUUAAACUCUUGUCUAGACUCAACCAUGAGAAUGUUGUUAGAUAUUUUAACGCCUGGAUCGAGUCCAGUGUUGAGUUAGAAGAGGACGACAAUAGUGAAGAGAUAGAGAUAGAAGAUGUGAAGAAACGCGUUGAUAGUUUACAAGGUAUUGUAGCCAAACUUGGCCAAGAUGUGAAGGUGGAAUGGUCGAUGUCGGAGGCCCCAGUACAGAACACGAACACAUCAUCGGACACUGAGGAUGAGGACGAUGAUGAUGAUGAUGAACCGGAUCCCUGGUUCAAAAUCAUGAGGCCAGACGACGGAUCGAGUAGCGGGGUGGAAUUCGAAGAGGAAUCCAAUCAGUCACAGACUAUAGAAUCUGAGGAUGAGGUAGACGCACCACGGCCGGCGUCUGAACGUGUGAAACAAGUUUUGUAUAUACAAAUGGAGUUCUGUGAGAAACAUACUCUGCGGCAAGCCAUCGAUAAUGGACUUUAUCAGGAGCAUUUUAGACCAUGGAGGUUGUUUAGGGAGAUAGUGGAAGGUUUAGCCCAUGUCCACCAAAGAGGAAUGAUCCACAGAGAUCUGAAGCCAGUCAACAUAUUCUUGGAUUCCAACGACCAUGUCAAGAUUGGUGACUUUGGCUUAGCAACCAAAGCUUUCUCUGUUUUACCUGUGGAUGAAAAAGCUAAACAAGAAGAAAUUGGCGGUUCUCUUACAGGCCAGAUUGGUACAGCUCUGUACGUGGCCCCGGAACUCCUCCAAUCCAGCUCCAAAGUUAUAUACAACCAAAAAGUAGAUAUAUACUCCUUGGGCAUCAUCCUCUUUGAGAUGUUUCAUCCACCACUCGACACUGGGAUGGAGAGGAUGUUGGUCCUCACUAAUUUGAGGAACAAGGACAUUAUAAUGCCUAAGGGGUUUGAAAAAGAAGAAAAUGCCAGGCAGAUCCAUGUUAUCAGAUGGCUACUAAAUCACGAACCAAGUUUGCGACCAACUUGCGCAGAACUAUUGGGCAGUUCGCACGUGCCUCGUGCGGUACCUGAAGGCGCUUUAGCUGGGCUAUUAUCCCAUGCAUUAAGCGAUAGAGGCGCUCGAGGCUAUACAAGACUAGUCGCCGCUUGCCUAGACCAAAGACCGUCGGCGGCCGAAGAUUAUACAUAUCAUAAUGACAUGAAAACAAAACCACAUGAGUUACUAUUACAAAUUAAAGAUGCUGUUAUCAAGGUGUUCCGUAAUCACGGUGCCACAGAAUUCUCUCCUCCUCUCUUAAUUCCUCGAGCUUCAGCCUGGGAUCAACACCCCAAUGCUGUGAAAGUGAUGACGUCAUCCGGAUCCGUUGUACAUCUACCUCAUGACCUGAGAUUGCCGUUUGCUAGGCAUGUAGCAUAUAAUGGCACAAAAUACAUGCGGCGUUAUGUCGUCGAUCGCGUGUAUAGAGAGAAACAUGUGCAAGGGUUUCAUCCAAGGGAAAUCACUGAGUGUGCCUUCGAUAUCGUCUCGCCGAAGACUGAUUCCCUAUGGCCGGACGCAGAGCUCCUAGUAGUAGCUAGUCGGGCAGCCUCAGAGAGUUGCCUCAAAGUCUCGCUACAGUUGAACCAUACGGAGUUACUGCGCACUCUGCUUCUCUCCUGCGGAGUACCGCUGGAUAAACACGCUGACAUCUAUCCCGUACUUGUCGACGUUAGUUUUGGUCGCAUAACAAGCCUACAACUGCAAACCCAUCUAACAUCCCUCUGUAUAACAAACAAAGACAUUUCGAACCUCCUCCGUCUAAUGGAGACUGAUGUACCCAUACACGAAGUGAGGGAACUAGUCAUACCAUACGUGAAACAAGCUAAAUGGAGUAAAGUCGUGUCUCAAGCCGUACAUGACUUGGAAGCCGUCUACAGAAAUGCCAAGGCUUUAGGAUGCGAGUGCCCAAUGACGGUAGCCCCCUUCCUAGCUUACAACGCGACGCAGCAUUCGGGAAUAUUCUGGCAAAUGUCCGUCAUAAGGAAUACGGAAACAAAGCCCGUAACUGCCAAACAUCGGGCGGGGGAUCUCAUUGCUGCGGGAGGGAGAUACGAUGCCUUAGUAGCUGAAUUCUGGAAAGUAGCCUCGACGGAGAAGGAUCAUGAUAGUACUGAGUUAAAUUCUAGUUCAGUCGGUUUCUCUAUGUCCUUGGAAAGAAUGGCCGCCAUAUUGAAAAAGUUGGACGCUGAGACACCGGUUCAACAGCCUAAUGUCGAGUCGAGCCUGAUAUGCGUUUGCGUAUGGGGCACUGCGGGCAGCGGUCGCGACGGCCAGGGCGCCGGCCGGCGGGCGGGGCUGGCGCGCGACCUGUGGGCGGGCGGGCAGCGCGCCGCGCUGUGGGCGGGCGCGCCGCGCGACGCGCACGACCUGGCGCGCCCCGCGCUGCUCAUACUGCACGACGACGCCGACGUCAGGCUCGCCUGCUGGGAUGGACUCAGAUUAAGAGAAUACAAAGUGCCAUACAUAGACGUAUUGGAUUUCAUCAAACAAAAGCUGUAUCCUGAUACUGCUAGGAGUUCUGAACCUGGUACAGGCACGAAUCGGGCGCUAAGCUGGUCGGAAUGUGAGAAGUCAUAUUGUGGUUUCACGAUUUCGGUGAACUUCUGCAUCGCUUCCAAAGACAGGAUGAACAAGAACUCUAGAAGACAUUGCGAGAAUCAGAUAAACACCCAAAUAACAUCAAUGCUAGUCUCAUUAGGGCUGCAAGCAGGCAUAAGUCGUGUCCGAGUCCAUGUACUAGCGAUGUCGGUGGAAGCGGCAGCCCUGCGCGCGUUAGCCGCGUCACUGUCCGCGCCGCUCGAUGCAGGAGAACUGAAUCUUGCAUUCAUGUCUGUUAUAGAUGCGUACCCAAAACGUCGAGAUGUUUUAGACGAUGCCCUUCAUGAAUUAACAACACUAGUUAAACAAAACUCUCAGUCUAGAGCAACGGAUGAAACGCAACUCUAUGCUCUAUACUCUAUACCCGAUUCUCUAUGCCGACUGAUCACGUGACCAUACUUUAUAGUAUUUUUUUUAUUAGAAGUAGACGUCGGUUUGUCCGUACUUUUUUUUCGUUUUAUUGUAAUUAUUGUGUGUAUUUUGUUACUUCAAAAAUGAAGUUUUCUUUUUGUACAUAGGCUACUUUAACUUGUACUUUAUCUCAGGCGCUUAAAGUAGAUAGGUAAUUUUUCCUUUGAUUUAUUACCACAGUCUCGUGGCCAAAGUAUGUAUUAUGUUUAACAGCUAAUUGUAAUAAUAAAUAAUAUACAAAGCCUAAGAAGCCUACCUAGGUUACUUUUUUACUUAGUAUUUUUUAUUCGACCCCGAAAGUGCAAUUAAUAGUUCUACACUCUAGUAACAGAUGGCGUUAUUAUGCUAAUUUAGCAUAGCAACAAAAAUACAUACGUUUCACUUGCCACGUGCUAAAAACUUGGUAAAGAAAUUAACUGGUUGUUCUGAUUGAUCUGAAUAAUUAUAAUCAGUAACCUUAUUCUAUAGAAUAUCCAUACUUACAAUGCAUUUAAAGAAAUAUUGACAUUUAUAUAACACUACGUACCUACAUACUUUAUUAAUUAUUAAUUUCUUCAUUAUGUUGUUUAUAAUCUACGUUAGUUGUGGGCAAACAUCGCGAAAUAAAUUGUGCGAUGAGUAUUUAAUCCAUAAUCUGGCCCCCAAAGAGAUUUAACCCAACUCGAAGUGGGAUUUAAUCCGUAACCUAAAAGGAUUUAACUCAACCCGUAACAGGAUUUAAUCCGAAUCCCAAAAGAUUUAAAUCGAUCCCCAAAGGGAUUUAAUCAGACCCCAAAGUGGAUUUAACCAGACCCCAAAAGGAAUAAACCCUGGCACCAAAAGGAUUAAAUCCCGAAUGCGGAACGUAUAAUUAUAUUUCAAUAUAACAGAAGCUCUUUACACUUUUUGACUCAACUAAAUUUGCCCACCACUUCUUUAUACAAUAAAUGACGUAAAAUUAAUAAAUUAACUUUAACGAUAAGAAUUUGUGAUGUUAUAUUACUCGUAUUACAACCUUUGUAAAUAUAAUAUGUAUAAUUUAGUACAGAUGCCAGUUGAUACAAAAGUAGAAGAAAUUUUAUUUGUUUAAACACGUGUAUUAUAAAUAAGUUCUGCGAUGAGUAAUUAAUACAUAAUCUGGCCCUUAACUAUCUAACAGUCUCGCCAGGUAUAAUCCUUAUAACAUUGUGGUAGUCCAAGGAAUAAAAAAAUACUGCACGGUUGUCGCAUUGGCUAAG